CAUAUUUAAAUGGUUUCCACCCUCUGCGUCGCCUACAACACAUCGAUUUGCUUCGUCAAAGAGCAGAAGUGAAGACUGACUUCUUUCAAGUACUGAAGUUGACGCCGAGUUAAUUGAGCGAAGCAAUAAUGGCCCACUCAAAUCAAGAUGGCGAAAUUGUACCUGAUGAUGGAUGGUCAUCCAUGCAUAAUCGUGUGAAUUCCUUCCAGCACUUCCCCCGUUCUGAAGAAUUUCCAGCCGAGCGACUGGCCCGGGCAGGCUUUUAUUUUACAGGUCAGGCGGACAAGGUGCACUGUUUCAGCUGCCAUGCGACAGUGGAGGACUGGAACAAAGGGGACACCCCACUGAAUAGACAUCAGCAAGCGUCUCCCGACUGCACGUUCCUCAACUAUGCUCACGGCUUGAAAACCUCCGACUUAAUUCAAAGCCCUGUUUACGACGAAGAGGCCGAAUCCAGGGAGUUCCAGCUCCGCACGGGAGAAGUGGUGGAUCAGACUAUUUAUCCCAAGGUGCCACACAUGAAGAGCGAGGAAGCUCGGCUGAAUACUUUUAGUGACUGGCCGGCAGAUGCUCCAGUUCAACCCGAAGACCUGGCAGAAGCAGGGAUGUAUUACUUAAGGACAGAUGACAUGGUGCAGUGCUUCUGUUGUGGGGUGCAGCUGACAGGAUGGGAGCCAGGCGAUGAUGCCUGGGGUGAACAUGCAAAGGUCUACCCAAACUGCUUCUUCAUCUUGGGACACGAUGUGGGCAAUGUGCCGCUGCCAACACGUAGACCCAGGGUGAAUGGGCAAAGAGCCUCUGUGGAGACUUUUGAGGGGCGUCUUGAAAGUUUCAGAGGCAGACAACAUCCCAUAGACCCCGAGAGACUGGCCAGAGCUGGUUUCCACAGCACAGGAGAACAGGACCAUGUGCUCUGCUUUAGAUGUGGAGGAGGACUGAAGCUCUGUAGGCCUGAUGAAGACCCUUGGGAGGAGCAUGCCAGGGACUAUCCGGGCUGCAGUUUCCUUCUGGCAGAAAAAGGAGAAGAAUAUGUCAACAGCGUGCAGCUGAGAAAUCCAAAAGGAGACCAUUCAAGAUCAAGUCAGAAUGGCUUUACAAGUCAUGAGCAUGCAACACCGAAAGUCUUGCAGUCAGAGAUUGCACAAAAGGCUGUAGAUAUGGGUUUUGACCACAUCAAAGUGGAGCGCACCAUUCUGCAGAAAUUACGUCAGAACACAGAGGGCUAUGCUUCAGUAGAAGCCCUUAUUGAAGACAUCAGUGCACAGGAGAGUGCUAGUACCAUGCCCGAGAAAGCUGAGGACCCCAUGACGAAACUUGAGAAACUCCAGAGGGAGAAACUCUGUAAAGUCUGCAUGGACAGUGACAUUAACAUGGUCUUCAUUCCCUGUGGACACCUGGUCACUUGUCAGAAAUGUUCAGAAUCCCUGAACAAGUGUCCCAUCUGCUGUGCCGCAAUCACACAGAAGAUAAAGACAUACAAUGCCUAAAAGACAAAGAAACCAGCACUCCAAAAGAAACACUGAUGUUUAUUGAAAGUUUCAGAAUGUAAUCAUUUCCAAAAUUGCACAUAGAUGUGUAAAAUAAGCUGUGUUUAUAUAUAUAUGUAUAUGUAGGCAUACAUAUGUAGAUGUGCUAACUUGUAUAAAAUUGUAUUUUUUCAUUAAGAACUCAAAAUAACAAGCUGUACAUUCUCAUGUGUUUGCUUUUGAUGAAGGCAGGGACACGCUACAUAAUUUAACUUGGAAUAUAUUGCAGGAAAGACAUCAUUUUUAUAUAUACUUUUUCAUACCCCUCAAAUAGCUGCUUCCCUCAAAUACACAGCCUCCGAUUGAUGUUAAUUACUCUAGUGCCUUUAUGUAGACUACUUUUUAUAAACAUUACCAUUGUAAUUUAGCAAUCAUGUUUUACAGUGUACCUUAUAUUUGAUAUUUUAUUUAUUAUAAAAUAAUAAUUGCUUGACACUUUUAAUCAUGUUCAAGUUUGAUUAAACUUCACCAGUCCAAACUCCUUUGUCUUC